CUCUCGACCUCCAGCAUUUCGUAUUCUCCAACACAUCCAUUUCAUUUCUUUCUCAAUCUCUUCACACGGACAAUCUGUCUUCCAUAAUAUUCUUCACUUACCAUCACCGCUGAACUCCCUACUUCUUACCACAAAAUACCGCUCACAAUGCCCAAAGUACCCCUGAACCCACAAACUGCAGAAGAAAAGCUCUAUACGAAAUGGAUUGUUGCGCUGAGAAAAAAAGUCAUUUAUCUUGCUGAGCGUACCGAAAACAUCUACAAACUUUCCCACUAUCUCAACCAAAAAGACUUAGACGCGCUGGGAAUUGAGCUAUCUCAGAUGGAUUUCAGGACUGGUGUUCCCUCGGGCGCCCCGCAGUUUUUCAAACCUACCCAGAACAGUAACUGGACGUUGAAGGACACCAAAGAGCCCCCGGUUAGCCUGAACGAUGAACUCGAUAAGAUCGGUUUCGACCCUUUAUUUGAGAGUCCAGGCAGUGAUGGUUAUCAGACUGAACGGGCGGCUGCAGUUUUGAGCGUUCUCGAGAAACGUUUGCACCCACUGCGUGAGAAGAACCACAAUGUAUGCCAAUGGGAGCCUGUGCAGAAGGACUGUUUUAUGAAGCGAGUGGGCCUCCAUUAUAAGCAUGAUCUCUGGGAAAACACGAUAGCUCACCAAGUUGUGGGAAAGAAAAAGCCACAUCUUAUGCUGUUCAUGAAUACUUCUUGCAGUGCACAAGAAGGAAAGCUUGCAGCAACAGAGGCCUUUCAGAUCCUCCGAUAUAUGCUGUCGGAAAUGACACGACAGCUCUUUGCUGAUAUUGAAUCCCUCAACAAAGUCAAAUGGCCUGAUAGCUCUGCUUUGCAGCUAAUAUUCCCUGUACUAGCUUUCUCAGUUGUUGAGCCAGCCCAUUGUCGAUUCAUACAGUGUUAUUUUGAUGGAAAAGUGAAGAUACAAUUAAGCAACUUCGAGAAUUUGGAUGGGCGCCAAUUUCCAGAUCUUUUCGAAACGGUCAUCAGAUUGUGUAACCCAGUGCCGUGUGGAGAUACAAUGUCAGUUACUGCCGCUGGAGAAGAGAAUGUGAACCCCGAACACCUUGUAAAGCAUAUGGGCGCUCUACAUGUUAGGCGAAAUGAGGUAGCCACAGUGGAACCGGUGCCUUCUGCACUGCGAUCCGAAAGAGCACCGAUAAAGAAGUGUACGAGCAUUUCAUAGAGGGCUGAUUGCUACCUUUACCGGAAGGUGAAUUUAUUGGGACAUCUAAUAGCUGUUUGAUGAUCUUGAUUACUCUGGUUACAGGAGAGAACCUACUCAGUUCCCUAGGGAGCCAAUGUUCCCUGAUGAAGCAGUGCGGUAGACGCUGCAUUGUCAAAAGUCUUGCAGCCUCCUACCGUAAUUUCCCUCGAGGAUUCCCAGCACAAGCAGAUUAUCGAUUUCCGGAUGACGAAAUGCUCUUUUCAGGGGAAGAAAAUCAACCCCCAUUUUUGUAAUCGCUAUUAGGAUAUAUACUGUACUGUGGACUGACGUACUUCCGGGAUAGCUAAGUAUCAAAGACAUGAUCACAGUCUGCUCAGACUCAAAAUCUGCGCAAGCAACGAGCCAUCUUCGACAUCAUUCAAUAUGACUGUUCGCC